UACGGUACUGGGUAGCUGCAAUCCAGCUACGUAAGUUUCUGGUUUCACUGUCACACUGCGUUGCGGUCAAUAUUUACUUACAAAACGAGGAUAAGGAGACAUCGCUACUUUGCAGCUUUUAGCAAGAAAAUUCCGAGCAUGGCGUUAAAUGUGUGCUCUCGACUGAUGAGGAGUAUUCCCCGCGUUUUAGCGAGCAGAAAUGUCGUUCCUGUCACAAGACUACCGACAACGGGUUCAUGCUGGACACAUUUACGAUACUUGCAGCAGACCCGUGUCAUUCGUUAUGAAGGUGGUUUAUUGCGAAAUUUCAGCUCAUCGAGCCAGCCUUCAAUAGACGUGUGCUAUGAGCAGCUUAAGAAACUGCUGGUGUCCCGAUCCGGUGUGGUUAUAGACGUCCGUGAGCCGUGGGAACUCCGAGAGUACGGGAAAAUCCCUGGGUCCAUUAACGUACCCCUGGGACAGGUGAACGGAGCUCUUCAACUCAAGCCUGAUGAGUUUAAGGAGAAAUUUGGUGGAGAUAUGCCAACACACUCCCAAAAUAUUGUGUUCACCUGCCUAGCUGGUGUAAGAAGCAAAACGGCCCUGGAUACUGCAGUGUCUUUAGGAUACAUCAACGUCCAGCAUUAUCCAGGUGGAUGGCAAGAUUGGGCAGAACGUGAAAUAAUACAAACCAAAGAGUGAUCCUCACACUGUAUACAUGGUAACACUGUGACAGGAAUUAAACUGACUUGUAUUACCAUCUUAUUUAUACCAUUGACACAGAGCCAGAACGUGCCAUAAAGAUAGAAGAAAUCAGUGGUUUUGACAGGAAAUAAAGGAAUGGUGUAUUUAAAUGUUAUGCCUGAAAAGAUGCAAUUAUAUGAUGUGAGCAGUCGGCAUUCUAUGCAAACAUUUCAUAUGACAUAUAUAUUCAGUUGGAAUGGGAAGUACAGAAGCCUACAGUGUGUAAUACUUCAGUUGAUAUUCAAAGGGCUACUGGCUUUUUUGAUGUAAUCAAUGAGAUUUUAUCCCAUGAUUUAUGGACUCAGUUUAGCACUGUGUAAAUUUCAAAGAAUUAUGUGAAGAAUUAUGUCUUUUUAUGUCGUAUUCUUGAAAAUAAAACUUUGAUGCUACAUUGUGCUUAUCUGAAAAGACAGUAUAUCUGACUUUUUUUCCUGUCAAAAAAUCAUUGUGAGUAUCCAAAUACUAAGGUUAGGGAUUUGAACAAACUCCUGUGCAUAACUCAUCGUAAUGUUACCUCAAAUCAUGCAGCUUGUUGAGGAGAGGUUUACUAUUGCUUUUCUAAGUGAUCAAACUUAGGAUUUUCGCCUGAGGAAAGAGAAAACAUACAAAAACAAAAUUACAGAUGUGAGGGUCAUAGAGACCCUGAAAAAACUUAAAACUUACAAGUUUUGUACAGGCAGGCACCAUUCACAUUUUCUUAUUUUCUCAUUUUCUUUUUUAGUCUUGUCUGAACUAAAUGUUACACAGUUUGGUGAGAUAAAACUGAGACUUUUACCAUUUAAGAUACAAUAUACAAUAUCCAUUUAAGUUUCUGUGCAAAUAGAUCCAUUGGGAAAAACAUUUCUAUAGAUAAAGUACAUUUAUAGGACUAGUCCUAGAUUAAGAAACUCAUAUUGUUAAUUGUUGCAACAUUGAAUGUGUUUUUUGUAAAGCUCAUUGAUUAAAAUGUACCAAGCUUAAAUCUUUAACUUUUGUAUGUUUAACAAUUUCAACCCUAUAAAUAACAAGCCCUUUGUCUGCUAUACAUCAUCUGGUUGGCACUUCAUGUGCUUUUGUUAUUGGCUUAUGUGAAUUCCAGUGUCAUCUGUGACUAAUGAUAGCAAGCGCUCUACAUGUUAGUCCUAUUAUAUGAUCAUAGAAGAAUUUCUUGUGCACUAGGAGGUUAGUCUUCAAGGGGGUAUAUGUACCAUAAACAUUAAUGGAUGUGAUAAAGUCCUGUCUCUCACUGAAAAAAGGUGAAAUGUAAAUAUUGUUUUUAUUUUAACUGAGCAAAGAACCGACCUCAACAACUUGAGCAGAAGUAGAAAUGGACAAAAAUAACAGCGUUUUAAUAUUGCUGAUAAAGACACUAGUCUCUUUACCAGUGUUGUCUUGUUUUUCUGUGUGAGCACUGCUACAGGGAUGAAUAAGAUAGCAGGAGUAAAAAGUGUUUAAGCUAAUUUAGCCACUGUUCACAUCUCAGAGAGACACAUACCCUGCCCUCAUCCCACAUGUCUGGCAAAAUCUGGAAAGAAUCUCAUAAACCAGAUUUGCAACAAAAAAAAAAAAAUAACUUUGAAUAGCAACAGUAUUCUGUAAUGACAAAAGAUGGGAACAUAGUCAGGUUCGGCUAAAUAACCUUGAA